AGGGGAGCCAAGAGAGGCGGGGAGAGACACACAUCGAGGAACUGAGACCAAGAACAGAGACAGGCGUUGGGAGGAGAGGGACCAGGGAAGAGCUGGGAGAGGUGGGGACCGGGGGGCAAGUGAUCUGGACACACUCCAGUCGCCAGAGACACCCCCUCCUCAGAGACAUUUGUCCGCAGCCUUGGGUGCUGCGAGCCCGCCCUGAUGCAGGCAGCCUGGCUCCUUGGGGCCCUGGUGGUCCCCCAGCUCCUGGGCUUCAGCCACGGGGCUCGGGGAGCCGAGAGGGAGUGGGAGGGGGGCUGGGGAGGCGCCCAGGAGGAGGAGCGGGAGAGGGAGGCCCUGCUGCUGAAGCAUUUACAGGAGGCCCUGGGGCUGCCCACUUUGAGGGGGGACGACAAUCUUGAGGGAACCCCUGAAGACAAAGGGGCCUCAGAGACUGAGGAGGGCCAGCAGGAGGAGGAAGAAGAGGAGGAAGCGACGCCGAUCCCCUCCUCCACCCCCAGCCCCUCUCCCACCCCGGAGGACGCCAUCACUUACAUCCUGGGCCGCCUGGCCGGCCUAGACACAGGCCUGCACCAGCUGCACGUCCGUCUGCACGUGUUGGACACCCGCGUGGUCGAGCUGACCAAGGGGCUGCGGCAGCUGCGGGAGGCGGUGGGCGACACCCGCGACGCCGUGCAAGUCCUGCAGGAGGCGCAGAGCCGCGCGGAGCGCGAGCACGGCCGCUUGGAGGGCUGCCUGAAAGGGCUGCGCCUGGGCCACAAGUGCUUCCUGCUCUCGCGCGACUUCGAGGCGCAGGCGGCGGCGCAGGCGCGGUGCGUGGCGCGGGGCGGGAGCCUCGCGCAGCCGGCGGACCGCCAGCAGAUGGAGGCGCUCGCUCGCUACCUGCGCACGGCGCUGGCUCCCUACAACUGGCCCGUGUGGCUGGGCGUGCACGACCGGCGCGCCGAGGGCCUUUACCUCUUCGAGAACGGCCAGCGCGUGACCUUCUUCGCCUGGCACCGCGCGCCCGGCCGCGAGCCCAGCGCCGCGCCGCACCCGCUCAGCCCCAACCAGCCCAACGGCGGCGCGCUCGAGAACUGCGUGGCGCAGGCCUCGGACGACGGCUCCUGGUGGGACCACGACUGCGAGCGGCGCCUCUACUACGUCUGCGAGUUCCCCUUCUAGCGGGGCCGGUCCCCCGCCUCCACUCCAUCCCGCACCCGCCCUUGGCCAGGGCCGCGCACCCAGCGAGAACGUCCUUCCCUCCCUCCCUCCCUGCCACCCACCCUGCCUGGCUGGGCGAUCCCGGAGGCGGGGGUGGAGGCGGGGUGCCCACGGGGCCGGGACCCCUUCCUUGCCUGUGUGUCUCCUGAGAGCGGCGAGGUCCGAGACAAUAAAGCCUCUGGAAUCUGA